AUUGAUAAAAAUAAAUUGUCACGAGUCUUCCCCCUUUUCUCCCAUUUUCUACGACACGAUCAACUGCAGAUUGCCGAAGGAUAUCGUUGCCAACUCUCUUGCCUCCACAGUCGUCUUCGCCACCCUCUCUCUCUCUCUCUCUCUCUCUCUCUCUCGCUCGCUCGCUCGCUAGUCGGUUGUAUUGCCACAUGCGCUAUCCCUGGAAAUGGCGAAGCGGCUGCUCCUCCAUCUCAGAAGUGAAGUGGGGAGCAGGGCUUACAUUCAUUAUUAAAUCAUGUAUUCAACUUGCAAGUGACCGAUAAAUUUUGACCAGGCUCGUAUUAGGUUUUGAUGAGGUCAACUGAUUCUGGUAUCCGUUCAAUGAGAAAAGAAGAAUCGUACCUACAAUAUGUAGCCGGCGUUAUAAAUCGAUGCCUUUCACAACACCCUAAAGUGGAGAGAGAGGAUAAAGUGUUCAGCUCUAAUUUGAGCAAAGCUGAAACUUCACCUGUUAUCAGGGAUGAGAAAUUGCAUGAGCCUCACAUCUAUGAUAAUGGUAGUGAUCAAUCUGACAAUUUUGCUGGAUGGAAGCAGAAACUUGAAGUUGCAUGGCUUUCCAAAGCUCUUGAGCCAGCAAUGCAGUUGUACAAGUGGGCAUCCUUGGCAGGCAGCGAUGAGAAGCAUAAUGCACCCUCAAGCAGUAGAUCAUUGUCUGAAAUUUUUACGAGUAUACAGAAAAGUAAAAUUGGCAUCCAGGAUUGGAGUUUUAGUGACUUAACAGUUGGUUUAUAUCUUAUUUAUAUCAGUCAAGCUUCAACUAAGAAGGCUGAGGAGUUUGAGGGUGUUCAAAUUUUCUCAGAUUCUAUCGUCCAAGAUCUUAUCUAUUACCUUGAGCUAGCAAAGGGGGCUUAUAAAGACAAUGCGACUGUUCUCUCACGGAUAAGCAUGCUCCAAGAAAGGAACAUUUUGAAGUUUAUUAAAGAUUCAAGCUUGCUAAGGCCAGGCUACUAUAUUGGGAUCGAUAGACGCAAUAAACUAGUUAUCUUUGGGAUACGUGGAACACAUAAUAUCUAUGACCUCAUUACUGAUAUUAUUACUUCAAGUAAUAAUGAAGUGUCAUUUGAAGGUUUCACGACACACUUUGGAACAGCUGAAGCUGCUCGUUGGUUCCUUCAUCAUGAGUUAAAAACUAUUAGAAAAUGCCUGGAAAAACACAAGGGUUACAAAUUAAGGCUAGUAGGCCAUUCCCUUGGUGGUGCAGCUGCUGCUUUAUUUGCUGUGAUCUUGCGAAAACAAUCAGCUGAUAAGUUGGGCUUUGAUCCUGACAUUGUAUCUGCAGUGGGAUUUGCAACUCCACCUUGUGUUUCAAAAGAACUAGCUGAAAGCUGUGCCAGCUAUGUUACUACAGUUGUUUUACAGGAUGAUGUGAUUCCUAGAUUAAGUGUUGUUGCAUUGGCAAAAUUGCGAAAUCAAAUUUUGGAAACUGACUGGAUGAGUGUUCUAGGUAAGGAAGAUUGGAAGGGAAUGUUUGAUUUGGUGGCAAAUGCUAAGCAAGUUGUUUCUUCUGUUCAAGAUGCCGCACGGAAGCUUACUUCUUACACCAAGUUUAGGGAUGCAUCAAUCGUUUUUGAAGCAAAACAACACAAAGAUUCAGCUACUUCAACUAAACCCGACACAGAUUCCCUAUCCAUUACAAAACUUGAGGAACAGCUUCCUGAGGAGCUUUAUGUACCUGGAACAAUUUAUUACCUUAAACGCGGUAUCAAUAAUAUCGACGGCCACAAAAGUGGAGAAUCAUAUUCGCUCUGGAAGCGGAACCCAGAUCAGGAUUUCCGCAGCAUAGCAAUAUCAGGCAAGUUUAUCUCAGAUCAUAGAUGCGAUAGUCAUUAUUAUGCAUUAAGGGAAGUGCUCAAGAGCCUGCCAAUCUCUGAAGGUGGAAGAACAGUCUCAGAUCUGAGAGAUCUGAAGACUUAGUGAUUACAUACUUAAAACUUUUGGCGUAUGGAACCUUCAAAUUAUUUCUAUCGACCAGGGUAUCGACCGAACUGAACGUGCUAGACACUUGGAUUGGCAUUCAAAGUUACUUGGAUAUACCUCAGAAUUUGUAGUAUAAUGUAAUUGGCAAAAAUAAAAAGGUGCGACCUGUCAUAUUUUUUUAUCCAUAUCUUUUUUAGUAAUAGUUGUUACAACGUGUAGCUACAAUCAUUACGUGUCAAGUAAAUUAGUAAUAUUUUUUUCCAA